AUGAGAAGGUUCUUUUCUGCCACAAAGACUUUUAUAGAAGAGCAGCUCAUAAAAGCUAUGAAUCCAGCUUCUUUAGAAAUAAUAAACGAUUCCUGAAUGCACCAACGAGGUUCUGAUACCCAUUUCAAAGUUCAUGUAGUAAGUGAGGAUUUUCAAGGGAAAACCCAAGUGGAAAGAGAGAGACUUGUUAAUAGAGCAUUAAAAGAAGCUUGGGAGCAAGGCGUAAUCUCUAUUUCUGUAGUAGCCAAAACUCCUGAGGAAGCCAAAGCUGAGCCAAAAUUAAGCAAGUCAAUAAGGUGUAUGAGUCACACAAAAGACCAAUUUAAUAAUUCUUUUAAUACAGAGCAAAAAUAG